GGACGCUUGCUGCGUGCCCGGGAUUGCGUGUUGCUGUUGCCCGACGAACGGUAACGCGCCGGUGCUUCGUUAUUUUCUCAAUAAGCGGACUGACACGGGAAAGUGAUAGUCACGGAGACACUCUUGCUUCUGCACUUGCGGGUGCUAACACACUCAGGGACGCGAGAGACGACGAAGGUGAGUGCUUCCGCCGCGGGUGAGAAAGUGGCAGGCUCACUUAACUACCGGUAAUAGCGGCGAGAGCUGGCACAGCGCCCUGCUCUCUUCCGUCCUACCGCCGCCGCUCAGCUGCCGGUCGAGGAGUUGCCCGGUCUCAAUUUGCGAUUGUCCGGCGAUUUUUAGAAGCUCGCAUCUCGUAUAUCUAUGCAAAAGAUGCGUGUAUAAAUUUAUAUAUGGUAUGCAUUCGCUGUGACAAUAUAUACGCAUCCAGCUCGUUGAAGUCUGCCGUGCGCUCGAGUGCAUUGCGGACGAUGCUGAUGCAAGGAUUGUGCAACAGGCACACACGUAGAGAGAGCUAGCUAGCUGUCGGCAAAUUUUGGUUAUUACAGUAUGACUCGAGGAAUGUAAUGUGAGGGAUGCGAUGGUGCGGCGGUCGCGAGCAAGAGAAGCAGCAGCGAUUUAAUCAAGCGGGAUAGACGGCAGCUGGGCUGGUUAAUUAACGGAGUGGAGUUCGGCCGAGUUGGUUGGUUGUGGUGUGAUCGGGGCGCCGCUGGGUGCGGGUUCUGGGCGCGUCAUUUGCAGAAUCCCGGAGGGGUCAUUUAUAGAAUGUGGGGUGUGGUAAGCGGGGGACUCUAAAUAGGAGCAAGCAAGCGAACGGGAGGGGAGAGGCGUAUCAAGCAGAGGACAGCGGGGUCACGACUAUUGCUACCCUAUAGGUUUUGCCGAUCGUUGCAGGCUUACACCAUUGGGAAUAUGUCGGGUACCGCUGCUCGAAGAACGGCAUUGCGGGAGCUGGCCGUUGGUAGACCUCCUGAGCGCCGUGCUGGAAUAGUGCCCAGAAGUGUUACUCCUCAGAAAAGCGACGCUAUUAUGACCCAUGUGGAUGUGGAAAACAAGGACGGUAGCGGGAAGAUAAAUGGGGUAAUUGAUGGCGGCAAUAUGAAGAUGGCGGCGGUGAACAAUGGUGGAACGUGCAAGCAGCCCGAAGGAAGUGAGGAAGGUGCCAAGAAUGAAGUGCCUGCAGGGCCCCCGGCUGUAGAGUUUGAGUACAUACAAUCGGAAGAUCUUCAAGAUGUUCCCAAUCCUGAAGAGUGUGUCAGUACGCUUCUGCAACGGCUUGAUUCCAAGGACUGGGUGGUCAUUUCGGAAGCCUUGAACAACGUGCGGCAACUUGCUAUCUAUAGAAAACAGGACAUAUCUUCAAUUCUUGACAAGAUUGUUGGAUCAAUCAUCAAAUCCAUCAAGAACCCUAGAAGUGCACUGUGCAAGACAGCUAUCAUGGCCACUGCUGAUUUGUUUCGCUGCUUUGGAGAUGAGAUGGCGGUCCAUGUGGACUCCUUGCUUCUGCAGCUUUUGCUAAAAGCUUCCCAAGAUAAGCGGUUCGUUUGCGAGGAAGCAGAAAAGACACUCUUUGUUAUGAUAGAGUCUCUGGCUCCUGCUGCCAUUCUUGAGAAACUCAUCAGCUACGCUGCCCACAGAAACCCGCGAGUAAGGGCCAAGGCAACUGUAUGUGUACACAACAGUGCUGCACGACUGGAUCCAGUGGGGAUUAUGCAGUUUGGACUUCCCACCUUGCUGCGUGUUGCAGGUGCACAGAUAAUCGAUCAACUUCCUGAAGCCAGGGAUUCUGGAAGAAAACUUGCUGUUGUUCUUCAUGCUGCACACCGAGAUUGCCUGAACUGCGAAUGCGCGCCAAAGGCCUGGGAGGAUAUGUGUACGGACCAUUUGCCUCCGAACACUGCCCACACCAUUAUCAGGUUGACUGGAGCAGUCGAGGCAUCAGUGUCACCCUCCGGCACUCGAGAGGACGUGCCUGCGAACAAUGGGGUUUCCUCUUCGCCGAAAGCUUCUUUGGGCAAAGUUUCAGCACAGGAGGGGACACAAAACUGUCCUGUUAUCGCCGCGCCUAGUGCUAACAGAGAUGCUUAUCUGGAAUCGUUCUUGCAGCGAGCACCCGCUGCAUCGUAACCUUGGGCCGAUUUGUCCUGCUUGACGUGAGUUAUGUGUGAGGAACGUUUCAGAGGAGAUAUCAUCAUUGUGAUGCGAUUAUUGGUUCACACAGUCGGCAGGAGGUCAAAGCUUGAUGGUCGGAGCUUUAGGUCUGUUUCAGGUAGUUUGAACAAGUCGGCCAUUUGUAGGGUACAAGUUGGUCUGGCUUUUGGUGAGUAGCAAUGGUUAGGAUUGGAUUUGCACGGGUUCUUAGUAUAGGUUGAUGCGUAGCUGACAGUAGCGUGCAGGAUAUGGUUGGCUGCUAGAGAAGUCUAGGAGAUGUUGCAUUCAGAUCUGGAGUGGACAUCUAUCGAGGUGCUCUUUGGCAUCGAGAGCCGUGUACAAUACAAAUGAAAAAAGGUGGUGCUCCCUUUUCCCCUCAAAUAGCAAGGACGCUGCCAGAACUAAACAAUUUGUCUUUGAUUGAGCCGCUGCUGGCCACUUUCCGACAGGAUCUUCGUGGCACCGUGCGCCAGACAGGGUCCUACACGCCCCGGAUGUUGGAGUGCGGACAGUCUCAAGGAGGUGGUUCCCAUUGGUCAGUCUUUGGUCUUUUCCCCUGACUCACUUAUGCAUCAGCUAAGAUGGGAUUCUGCACCUCCCAUGGUGGAUGUGACUGUUAUCCUCUCACUGUUCUGAAAGGUCUUUAUUAGAGUUUGGGAUGUUAUCAGGUCCAGAGUUGUUUGUCUAUCCCACCUUACUGUGUGUAUUUUGGCAAAUUGGAUGGGGUUUCGGUUUCCCGGCUUAUUCUAUUCAGAAUGAAAGUGAGAUCUCACAUCCUUUUCUCGAAAGAUGGAACCAGACAGGUUUCCGUCAGCGGAUCCUAUCGUUCUUUCCGCCAUGUUAUCAGCCAGUACUGUCUGCUGUCUUUGUCUGGCAGGAGUGUGAGAGGGAGCUCUCCAAGUGUGAACGGAAGAGAUGUGCCGCGAGCUAUGGGUAACGUUCACGCUGUUGUUCAUUCCUUUCCCGAUAUUGCAGUGAAGGAUGAUUGCAGCCGGGUCUGCAAACCAUUCUCGUCUCUCUUUCUGGAGGGAGGAACAGAGUUGGCGGAAGGCCCAAGCAAAGGGGCAGGGUUGAUGGGAAUGUACAGAAGGGGGUCCGGUUCUCCUUUUCUUUAUUUUUACGGAACAUACAUAGCGACACUCAGGAAAAUAUGUGUACUUGCACUGAGAAACGCGAACCCUGCGUGGUGCCUGGGAGGCGAUGAGUGCAAAUAGCCGCCACCAGUCUGGUGAGGGACUGCGUCAUGUUGAUUGGAUCUGCAAGGUGCAGGCAUCGAGCUGGUUGCAAGUGAAGGAAUGUUUGCGGAAACACCAGCCAUGAUGUUGUUAUCCUUGUUUUGGGAACAUGGAUUCCGUGCGACGCAGCUUUAUGGAUUUUCUGUUUAGCAUGUUGAAGGAUGAGGAGGAGGUAUUUUAGCUCCGAUUCAUUGGGACCAGUGGAGCAUUUGCCAUUAUCCUAGGAAGCGAAGGAAGCCCCUGCCAUCAUCCUAGGAGGUGACCGAAGCCCACAUGGCGCUCUGCGGGUAACAGAGCGAACACAAUGAGUAUUGCAUGUAAGCAUUAUCUGGCUGGAAUUUGAGUUUCAGCGUGUUCUCUUGAAGAAUGGUAUUGAGCAGGUGAGUUUACAAGGGUUUCACAGCGGCAUGGAAUUUGAGGUUUUUAUUCUUGUGUUGCAUUUUGCGUGUGUUUCUCUCCCUUCUCUUCCUGCUUUUUUUAAUGGACUGCAUGGAUUUCUCAAGGAGUGAUUUGGGCAUGGUGCAUGCAAACGUUUC